GUUUGACGUGUUUGCACAGAAGCUUCGAAAGGAACUGUUUUUAAAAGCCAUUUAGAAAAUAUGUCGAGUCGGAGCAACGAAUGUCGUAUCUACAUCGGUAACCUGCCGCCGGAUAUUCGCACCAAAGAUAUUCAAGAUCUGUUCCACAAGUUCGGCAAAGUGACAUUCGUGGACCUGAAAAAUCGUCGCGGGCCGCCAUUUGCUUUCGUCGAGUUUGAGGACGCCCGCGAUGCUGACGAUGCGGUCAAGGCGCGCGAUGGAUACGAUUACGAUGGGUACCGGCUGCGGGUGGAGUUUCCGCGUGGCGGUGGCCCGGGAAGCUACCGUGGGAGCCGGCAGAGCAACAGUGAUCGCAGCAGCCGUAGCGAUCGCGGAAACCGAGGACCUCCGGCUCGCCGAUCGCAGUUCCGCGUAAUGGUUUCCGGACUGCCGUCGUCCGGUUCGUGGCAGGAUCUGAAGGACCACAUGCGCGAAGCCGGGGACGUUUGCUUCGCGGACGUAUACAAGGAUGGAACCGGUGUGGUGGAGUUCCUGAGGCACGAGGACAUGAAGUAUGCGAUUAAAAAGCUCGACGAUUCCAGGUUCCGCUCGCACGAGGGAGAAGUGGCGUACAUUCGCGUACGGGAGGAUUCGGGAAAUGACGAUAAGCGGGGAGACUACCGUGAUAGAUCGUAUUCGCCACGCAGACGAAGAGGGACACCAACCUACUCACCGGUACAACGCAGCGUCUCGCGAUCGCGCUCCCGUUCCUAUCACUAAAUCUGGCCACAUCCCGGAGACGUAAAGUAAUUUUAUUUCAAACCAACAUUUAAACCCUCCCUAUGUUUGAGGUAUCCUGCGGCGAGAUCGAAGGAAAGGCAAGCGAUCGAGAAAGACAGCAAGAGUUUCAGGCCGAAAGUUUGGUUAGCAUUUUACUGACGAUGAUUGGCCAUUUUUAGUUUUAAUUGCGACAAAUCGAACGGUCGGUGGUGGUUUAUUUUCUUCAUUGACUCAGUUGCGUUCAUCGAUCACAGUAGAGUAAAACCAGAACCAGACAAGCACCCAGAUAAUUGUACACGAUACGGUUUUGUUAAUUUUCUUCGAAUCGUUCCGUUCUGGCCAUUACGGAGAUAGAUGGGGGUGCGACAAGAAGGUAGAAAACAUUCCUCUAAGCAAGGAUAUCGAAGGGCGUCUCCAACGGGUAACAGAAAGAAAAUCAAAUUAUUAUUGGAAAUUCAGAACAACCAAUGCAAGAGUGCGCGGUACCCAUUCCGGCAAUAAUCGUGUUUUCGCGUGUGUGUGUGUUUCUCGAUAGGGCACCGGUUCAGACGAUAAAGUGAUGAGGGGCGUGUGCGACCAUUUAUUCAGAAACAACGCAAAUAUUUGUGGAAAGAUAGGUACAAUUCGGGCUUCGAAUUUCAUGGUGACUUCGCGGAGCAAUACAACAUUAUGUCCUAUGAUUGUAUUAAGAACUAAUCCUGGCAGUGCGGCGCGGCGCAACGUUUCUUGAAUACGUCCCCUAACCAACCGCCCCGUUUUCUUAACUUGCCAACAUAGACCAACUUACACCAACAAUCUGCAAAGCAUAAGUUUUCCAAUCUACCUAUGCUGAUGUACGUCGA